GAUUUCUCUUCCUCGCGUUAGAAGAUACGGUCAGUUGAGGGAACCAACCAAGAUGGAGCCAGAGUCGGCUCCGCACGGCGAAAGAGACAGUAGGGCUCAGGUGCCAAGUGAUUACCGCCUGGAGGAGGAAAGAGCGAGAGAAUUGAUAAGGGCCUGUUAUGAGGAGGGCAUCCUUCCAACCGAUAUUGAUCCGGGGGAGAUGCAAGUAUCAGGGAGGGAGGUCAGAUUCAUUCUGAAUACGACCUUGGAUGAAAUCAAGAUUAAGUGGCUUAAGGAACGUACGGUCACAAUCAUAUUCCGUGAAGGUGCCCGUUUCUUGCCGAAGAAGGUCAAAGAAGACAUGGUGAGAGCGUACGAGGAGGUCUGGAUUCAGGAGGAAACCUUUGGGCAGGAGUUUAAGCGCGGGAGGAUCAAGGUGGAGAGCCCAAAUGUGGUUUCUUAUGUUCCAAGGGCGCAAGCAAUCACGGACUGGAUGUUACGCAAGAAGUCAGACUAUAUUGACUUAGCGGGCACGAUCUACAGAACGGAGUUUAAACCAUGGCUGACGCGGGCAGAAAUCAGAGAUUGGAGGCAACUGAUUAAUCAGGACAUCUUCUGGGUGGUAGCAGUCGGAGUCCCCUUGGAUGAGAUGCCUUUUCUCCACGUGCGUGUGGAGAAAGUGAUUGGGAAAGUGACAAAACUGCACAAGCCAGAAGCUGACGAGGCGGAUCCAAAACUGGUGAAUCUGAGGUUUGAUAUCGAUCCUGCCAGCAGAGGGAAUAUGAAGGACAAGAUAAUGGUUCAAACUUGCCAAGGUGAUGUGCUGGAAGUCAAACUCGCAAAUGAUGACUCCGAUUGGUGUAAGAGAUGUCGCACCUUUUUCCACACGGAAGCUACCUGCAGAAGAUCGGAUCGUCGAAAUCAAGGGGGUAGCAGAACGAAUCAACCACAAGCGUCGGCCACUUCAAGACCAGCGGCUCCAGGUGCGGGCUACGAUGGUUCGCCGAGAGCUCCAAGCACUUCGGUAGCCCCUCUUCCGAGUGGGUCGCAACAGGCGGCAGCGGAUUCCAGUCGUCCUGGAGGCGCCACGACCAGACUCAAUCCGACCUUCUCUCCAGGUGUUAAUCAAAAUGGCUUCCAUCGGUACGAGACGGUUGCGGGCGGCCAAUCGCAGGAGAGGCAACCAGCAAGUCCGGCUGUAUCUGUCUCCAGGAGUCCUGCUCCAAGCGGCUUCCAUGUACGCGGCGAAUCCCCAGGCAAGCAACGUAGGGUGAGUGAGGGUGAUGUGGAAAUUCGUGUAGACGAGCUGCACGCGGAGUCUUCUGCUAGCUCAGAGGGGUCACAGAAGCUCCCUUCCUCUGUAAAAGGUAAGCGUAAACCCUCACAUAGCCGCAUGGAUGCUCUCACCAAGGGUCAGACGGUCGUAGAAUCUCGUUUAGUACCGAUGAUGCUUACGGCAGCUAGAAACUCCUUUUGGGCAAUCGCAUGGACAUGGUCGGCUGGUUCUCCAAUGUUUCUCAAUGCUCCUUGUCCUGAAUCUCCCAUGCCACUGGCAACGGAGACUUUGACAAAAACGAUCUUCCAGAAUAAAUUUCCGUUCAGAUUGAUUGAAACAUCCAUACCACGCUUUCUGAUUGAUAUGGAGGGGAAAAGAGUUCAUCUGUAUACCCCCCUAUUUGAUGCACGUCUCUCCCCUCCCCUUCUGGAUUCAUUAGAAAAGGAGGGGCUCAUACUUUUUCCACUGCAAUGGCUGGGGGAGGGUUGGAAAUCCGACUUGCGACGUAUCAAACUGUCGCUCGUUGUAACCUCGGAAGUCCUGAGCGAAUUGAACGCCAAGCUUGGGAAGGACAGGAAAUUGGACUCACUGUUCAUUAGGAAGGCCUUGACUGAUGUCUGGCCGACCUCGUUUCCUGUAACUGAUGCCAACUCCCAGAUCCAACUUUUGGGAGCGAUGGCCCUUGAUGGGCAGGCUUAGAAUCGCCACAUGGAAUGUGCGUGGGUUGGGAGAUUCUUCGGGUAGAAAUAAGAAAGCUCGAUUAAAAAGUUGGAUGCACGAUAAGAAGAUCGAUAUCCUCUGCCUACAGGAAAACAAACUCUCAAAGAGUAA